AUGCAGCGCUCAAACAACAAUUCCUCGCACGAUCUGCCAGAAGCCGUUGCGCCAGCGGAUGCUUCAACGUACAAAUACUCGGUCCCUGAUCACGCUGCUCAGGAUUCGUCGAAGGAGGUCGCACCCCAGACAUUCGCUCCACAUGGCAUCGCAAAGCGCCAGCGAUGGACGCAGUGGCCCCUGCUUCUUCUGUACGGUCUGAUGAUUGCCCUCCUCGCCGGCGUGGCAGGAGGUUUCAUCGGCAAAGCACUCAGCAAAGCCCCUCACAACACCACCUCGGCGUCUUCAACCGCUACCAUCCCGCCAAACAACUCGUCCAACGACUUGUCCAGCGACUCCUCAGUACGCACCCUGCCUAUCCCAUCUACCGGCUGCCCGAGCGACAUCCACGCACAGAAGUACAUGGCUAACACGUCCCUUACGUGGGGUGUCCCUUACACAACCGUAUGCGCCACGCGUUGGACUGACCCGCAGCUCAGCGCACUGUCGGCGGCCACAGCAUCAGACUGCAUCGAGGCGUGCCACAGCUUCAACGGCGCUAAGGCCCCAAACGCAAAUGCGGAGCGGUGUCUGGGCGCCAGCUUUGUACCUGGGUGGUGGGAUCAGGCGCGGGCGAUGGAGCAGAAGAAUGAGCCGUUCAAUUGCUUUCUUAUGAAGGAGCAAGAUUUGAGGCGCCGGAAUGACAGAGACUUUGAGAUUCGCUCUUAUGCCUCCGACUACGCCGGCCUGGCGCUGCUAGUCAGCGGCUACAUUCUUAUCCAAUUUCUGGCAGCACCCUUCCACCGCAUGUUCUUCCUCUCAGACCUGCGCAUCGCAUACCCCCACGCCGUCCACGAGCGCGUCAACGUCCAAUGGCUCUUCAUCUACGCCGGCGCGCUGCCGCUCGGUGCCCUCGUGCUGUGGGCGCUCGCCGCGCGCCCGGGCGCCCACAAGGCCCACGUCACAUUGCUAGGCUGGGCGGCCAGCAUGGUGCUGACGCUGUUCCUGACCGAUGUUGUCAAGAAUACGGUGGGGCGGCCGCGCCCGGAUCUGCUCGCAAGGUGCAGGCCUGCGCCAGGCACGCCGGCGGAUGUACUGGUUACGUACGAGGUGUGCACGCAGACGGAGCAGCAUGUGCUGCAUGACGGAUGGAGGAGUUUCCCGUCCGGACACUCCAGCUUUUCGUUUAGUGGGCUCGGGUAUUUGAGUCUAUUUAUUGCAGGGCAGUGCCAUGUGUAUAGGCCGCGGGCCGAUCUGGCGCGUGUGCUGUUGGCGCUGGCGCCGCUUUUGGGGGCCGCGCUCAUUGCGAUUAGCAGAUGUGAGGACUACAGGCACGACGUGUAUGAUGUGAGUGUGGGGUCGGUGCUGGGCUUCUCGGUUGCGCAUUACACGUACAGGAGAUACUACCCGGCGCUGAGGAGCCGGGACUGUGCUACACCGUACCCGAACCCAGCGGAUGAGAGAGGCUUUGGCAAAGUCAAGGAUGAGGAGAGUAUCAGGGGCGCGCAGGAGUUCGAGCUGGACGAUUUCGACGAGGAAGACGAAGUGCGUGAGAGCAGGCCUUUGAACGGGCGGCGGUGA